AUGCGUACAUUAUUUGUUUUCAUUGCAAUAAUUUUCUCAGUGAGAGUCUCGGGGAAGUCAAAAUCAGUCCCAUCCGGUCUACAACUGAUAUCCAAAGAUUUUGCAAUUCUAUCACGUGUCACUAAUGCUAUCUACCUUCAAUCUGCUUUUCUCAAAAAAGAUUUAGAAGUUCGAAUUUUUCUCGCCGAACUGCUUCAAAUCGGCUCACAGAGUUUCUCGAAAAUGGUUGAUGUGGAUAUUCAAACAGCAAUUGAUGAGCUGUACAGAAUGAAUGAAACUAUGUCUCGAUACCCACAGAAUCUCAUUGAGAUAAAAGAUUUGCUUCAAAGUCGCCACAACAUUAUCAUUGUAAAGGAGAUUGCGGAACAAGCAGAUUCUUUCUCUGACACGAUGAAGUAUUCAUUGAUAGACAUGCUGAUAAAAGCAAGGAAUAUUCGAGAAUUUUUCAUUGUUAACAACAAUUGCUCAAGAUUGAAUCAUACAAUAAUUUUCGCUUUUCUGGAUCUUUUCGAAGGAACAAAACCGCUACCUGAAAGCAAUAUAAUUUCAGAAAGUUUAAAUAACUUUCUUGAAAAAUAUGGCAGACAGGAGAUCUUCCAAUGUUUGAUUUCCUUUCCUAAAUUGAGUACUGAAGCAGAGAAAAUCUUGAAAUCGAGAGAAUAUAGAAACUACAAGAAACUUAUUGAUGUAAAAAACAUUGCUCUGAAGUUCACUUCAAGAAUAAACGAUUUGAGAAAAUUGGCUGAUAGAGGACUCAACGAAAUCAAAGAAUCAUUCAGAUUUUCAAGGCCGGCUUGGGAUGGAAACAGCGAAAAUUAUAACCAAACUCAGAUCAAAAAUGCAUUUGAACAUUUUCUCGUUUCGGCUGAAGAAAUAUACAAGUAUCAAACUAUUGAGUACACACCAUCUUCAAUUCAUACCGCUGGAUUUUUGGGAUCUAAAGAUAUGAAGAAAGUUAUUGGCGAUUUGAAGAGACCGUGGUUUAAAAAGAACAUAGCCAGAGGUGCGAGCACCAAGAACCUUGAAAAGGCACUGCUCCUUUUUCGAAAAGUUCCACAAACAAUCAUCGAUUUGGAGACUUCGUGGAAGAAGUUCAUAUAA